CCAUAAGGGCCUGCCUUUUUUGGGGGAAAAAAAGGUAGGGGAAUAUUAUGGGAUGCUGCCCGGAUGCACACAAAGAACUCAAGAUCCUCUCUGAGAGUUUGAGACCAAGUAAAUGUAGAGCAACUUCAGCAAGAUUGUCCCCAUGAACAGGUGUGCCAAUGUCUGGAAAGGGUACAGCAUAAAAGGUCAACUAGACGAUCGCAAGGAGACUGCAAACAAAAUCAUUCACUAUUUCUCGAUCACGGUCACGAUUGUUGUUGUCUCUGUGCCAGAAGGAUUGCCACUUGCAGUGACACUCACGCUAGCGUACUCUAUGCGGAAGAUGAUGGCAGACAAAGCUUUGGUACGGCACCUUGCUGCGUGCGAGACAAUGGGAUCAGCAACAACAAUUUGUAGUGACAAGACUGGAACAUUAACAAUGAAUAUGAUGACGGUUGUCAAAGCGUGGGCAUGUGGCGGAUUAAGAGAAGUGGAAGACAUCAAAAAAGCACUUCCAGACACCAUUUUGAGUGUGCUAUACGAAGGACUAUGCCAGAACACAAAUGGCGCCGUACAUGUUCCAGAUGAAGGAGCAGAACCUGAGAUUACUGGAACCCCAACCGAGUCGGCAGUUCUUGCAUGGGCAGUAAAGGUUGGCGCAAGGUUUGCUGAGACCAGACGUCUGUCUGAAGUUGUCAAGGUAGCAGCAUUCAAUUCAGAAAAGAAAAGAAUGGGGGUCCUGGUGAAGCUCGCCGUAGGGGUUGCGGUUGCGGGGUUUGCUUCGUCGGCAAACUUCGCAAGAGUCGCAAUACCUCGUGACGUCGGUGAUGAGGUCAGGCCAUUGGAAUCGCUGUCGAAGCCGUGCAAUAGUGCGGUUGACUCCGAAAUGGCCGGCGAGUCACGAAUCAUGAUACUCGCCGAGAAGGCGAGUCCGAAGACGGCGGUCGCGUGGGACACAUAGUAAGUCCUUGCCCCGCGAGUGCAGGAGCAAGUACCCAUCGGCGAUGCGAUAGUGGCUGGCCGGCGGGUGAUCCGAAGA